AUGUCGCGUAAAACGGAAUCUUACUUUUCUGUCAGACUUGAAUCAUUGUCUUCAAUGCGUGUAGAAUUUCGUUCUAAUCACCGCAAUCUAAUGCGUCACGCCUCACAGGAAGAGGUCAAGUCAAGGUAUCUUGACGAAGACAUAUGUAGCCUAUUUGAAGAAGCAUUUAUACAAGCGGUGUCCAUAAUCCGUGAAGGGCGUAACAUCACCUUCCCACCGACAGGUGCGUCUGCGAGUACGCCAUCAUCUAACCCCGAUGCGUCAUCAGCAACCGUCGCGAGUAAUGACGUACCCCUACCUGAAGUGAAGCUACCAACUUUCAAUGGUAAUUAUAUCGAAUGGCCUACAUUCAAGGAAGUUUUUGAAUCCAGAGUUCACAAUAAUAACCGUCUUACCGAUCUCCAGCGUUUCCAUUACCUAAAAGGCGCGCUGUCGAAUGACGCUGCGCAAGACAUCGAACAUUUGAGCAUCAUAAGUGACAAUUAUCAAGUAGCUUGGAGUAUGUUAGUGAGCACGUAUGACAACAAACGCGUGCUAUUCUAUCAUUAUAUGGAUGUUUUUGAUCUGCAAAUUGUGACUAGUAGCGAAGAUGCAAGUGCUUUGAAACGUUAUACCCAAACAUGCCGAUCCUGUGUGAAUUCGAUAAAAAAGCUGGGAGUAAACAUCGAUGAACAAAAUCAUAUCUUUGUAUAUUAUAUGCUUAAAAAGUUACCGAGUUCAGUGCGCAACGAAUGGGAAAGAACUCAACGUGCACAUAAAAAUAUUCCGCUAUUCACUGAUCUUUGCAAUUUUUUAGACGAAUAUUAUCAAGUGUUAGUGACAUUCAAGCCAUCAGCACUAUCAAAGCAGCAAGACACUCGUAAGAAAGUGGAUCCAGCGUCUAGCACUAGCAAGAAAGAAGCCAAGGACACAACCACCGUUCCACCAAUUGUAGUAGCCGGAGGAAUUGUCGAACUUGUGGAAAACGACAUCAUACGCUUAUACAUGCAGAUCGCAUUGAGGCAUCUAUGCAUGUUGCAGUUGCAGCUGAAACAGUAG